AUGGCGCUCACGGUUCUCGGCUGCCUGGUUCUAGCUCUACUAAGCGGGCACAUCCACGCCCUGACCUGCUACAGCUGUACAGGCGUGUACUCUCAGCCGGAGUACGACGAUUGUCUGCCGAGCCCGGACUCUUCAGUCGCCAACCAAACUUGUGAGGCGGGCGAGAUCUGUCAGGCUCACCUGUUAAACGUUGGCGUCUUGUUGGUCUUGAGGGGAUGUGUGUCGGAGGAAACAUGUGCCACUAACGAAGCAACAACUGCUGUCCAGUCGCAGUGCUGUAACGAGACCCUGUGCAACAAUGCCAGUUUCGUACCGACCACGGUUCCUCCGACUACCACACCACUGCCCACAACAACGGAGACCACUCUAGUAACAACUCAACCCCAAACUACCGACCUGACGACAGAGCCAGUACCCACCACAGACACUACCGACACCACGGUAUACACAGUUGAAACGACAGACGGAUCGGACGUAAACACAGGUACAGAUGACAUCGGCACUACACUUUUAACCAUGACACAAUAUGACACCACAAUAGACCAGCAAACCUCCGUAAACACCCCAUUCGAAACAGUAGUGAUGACUGAAACCCCGCUCUACACAGAAGAAGCAGGGCAAACUACAGUUGAAGCGACCGAGACGACACUUGUCACGGAAGAGUUAGGACUGACGACAGAAGGUCCUACAGAUUUUGGUACCACACUCUUAACCAUGACUCAAUAUGACACCACAAUAGACCAACAAGCUGCCGAAACCGCCCCACAAGAAACACUAGUGAUGACUGAACUUCUGUCUACCACAGAAUCCACCGAUACCACGUUCUACACAGAAGGGCAAACGACAGUGGAGGCGACCGAAACAACGCUUGUCACGGAAGAAUUAGGACUAACGACAGAAGAUACUACGGAUUUUGGCACUACAGUCUCAACUAUGACUCAAUAUGACACCACUGUAGAGCAACAAACCAUCCUAACCACUGCACAAGAAACAAUAGUGAUGACUGAGCUACAAUCUACCAUAGAACCAACAGGCACAUCGUUCUACACAGAAGGGCCAACGACAGUUGAAGCGACCGAAACGACAGAGCUAUCGGCCUCCAUAACUACAGGUACAGAUGACAGUGGCACUACCCUCUUAAGUAUGACUCAAUAUGACACCACUGUAGAGCAACAAACCAUCCUAACCACAGCACAAGAAACACUUAUGACUGAGCUACAGUCUACCAUGGAACCAACCGACACAUCGCUCUACACAGAAGGGCAAACGACAGUGGAAGCUACCGAAAGGACAGACUUCAUAACUACAGGUACAGAUGACAUCGGCACUACACUCUUAACCACGACACAAUACGACACCACAAUAGACCAACAAACCGCUUUAACCACCCCACAAGAAACUCUGGUUAUGACUGAGCUACAGUCUACCAUGGAGCCGACCAAUACCACGUUCUACACAGAAGCAUCUAGGUACACGUCAGCAGAGACCACGCCCUCAACGGAAGAAUCGGGACCAACAGCAAUAGGUAUUACCGACAUCGACACGUCUCUGUUAAGCAUGACACAAUGUGACACUGCCACUGAACAAAACACAGAACUAAACCCGGAAACAACAGAGCUGACGACUACACAAGGAACAGGGUUCACCACAGAAGAAGAAACGACCCAGUCUACGGAAGGAUCAGGAUUCACCACAUCAGAAACGACCCAGUCUACAGCCGACGUAAUGUUCACCACAGCAGAAACAAACCAGUCUACAGAAGUAUCAGGAUUCACCACAGCAGAAACGACCCAGUCUACACUCGGCACACGGUUCACUACAGAGGAAACGACCCAGUCUUCAGAAGGGUCAGGGUUCACAGAGAAAACGACCCAGUCUACAGGAGCGUCAGGGUUCUCAGAAGAAACAACCCAGCCUGCAACAGGAUCAGACGUCACCACAGAAAAAACGACCCAGUCUUCAGACGUUUCAGAAAUAACAGAUCUGGCGACGGAUCCAGACACCACCACUGCGGCCACCGUCACACCAACAGCGAGCAUUAGCCAGCCAGAAGCCGGGGCGAACAUCGGGCUCAUCGUGGGCUCCACCGUCCCGGCCGCCCUGGCCGCGCUAGCCGCUCUUGCCGCCCUCGUCUAUCUCCUCCUGAAGAGGAAGAAGGGCAAAGGCAAGAUCCAUCCGGAAGACGGCCUGGACAUCCCACCGGACGGCCCUGCCGCGAGAUACAGAACAUUCGACCCGUCCGAGCCAGUCCUGAAGGGGCUCUGA